AUGCAAUCAGAGGAAGAAUUCACUGAAGUCAGCAAUCCGACAGUUGACACGACUGAUAUGUUAGAAGAUAUUCUUGCAGCGCCGUCGAUGACAAAAGGAUUACGUAAGAGAGCGCUUGAGAGAGUUUUUGGUAGACAUUCUGGAGGCGACGUACAUGGCUCUACGUCAGGCCGCAUCGCUGCUACACAUGACGGGCCGCCACAGGACACAGGACGAGGAGAUGCUCCACCUGAUGCGGAGACACUCGUUGAUCCUGCCCAGCAUGCAGAGAUGCCGCCGUCGCCUCCUCAGGCUGCAGAUGUAUUGGAGGAGCGCCGAUAUGAGCCAUAUAGCGCAGCUGUAGAAGCUGCGCCACUACCGCCGGAUUCUAUUCCGGAUCAGCGAGCCCACGACCCGGCCAAGGUGAAGGAGGAUUGGGAUGCUUAUCAUGAUUUGCGACUUAUCGCACAGCAGAGGUAUGAACAAGCAAGGCGUAGAUGCCUCGAAUUGAAAGGUACCGAGCGACCUACUAGGCGCGGCCGCAGUAGUACCAAGCCACAGAACCUCGUCCCAGAUAUUCGUCGGAGGGCCGUGAUCCGAUGGGAGAACGGCGUGCCUGAGACAUGA